AGAGAGCGCUGCAGUCGCCAAAUGAACAAGAAAACAUUGACAGCAAGGAAGAGGGAGCGAGGCAGCUGAGCAAGCGGUUUUCUGACUGUCGUCCUUUUUAAACACAUUUACUUGAAUAAAAAGUUAUAUUUAAGAUGUCGGAGGAGCUUCGGGCAGAACUGGAGAAACGUUUGGAAUCUUUAAACAUCCAGACGACCUGCGUGGAACACCCGCCGGUUUUCACAGUGGAAGCGAUGAUGCCUCACCUCCAGGACGUGAGCGGCGCCGUCUCCAAGAACCUUUUCCUCAAAGACAAAAAGAAGAAAACUUUGUGGUUGGUGUCGACGCGUCACGACCGACAGGUGAACCUGAAUGAGCUGGCCAAGAAGCUGUCGGUGGGCAGCGGGAACCUUCGCUUUGCAGACGAGGCCACCAUGCUGGACAAACUUAAGGUGGGCCAGGGAUGCGCCACGGCUCUGGCUCUGCUCUUCGACAAGGACUGUAGCGUCACCUUGGUCUUGGACCGAGACCUGCUGGAAGGGGGCCACGACAUGGUCUAUUUUCACCCCAUGACUAAUAGCGCCACAAUGGGGAUUAGGCCCCAAGACCUGCUGCACUUCCUCAAGGACACCGGACACGAACCCGUCCUGGAGGACUUUGAGUAAAUGAGAAGAACUGCAAGAAGAUUCCGAUUUUGGGAUGGGAGAAGCAUUACAGGCAACACAUAAAUCAUGCAGCGAAGUGAGCGGUCGCCGACAGCGCAGCACAAGACGAAGAAGCGCAGAUAAUAUCGCCACUUGCAGGAAUGUUCCUGCAGUGCGCCCCCUUUUACUCUCACACACACACACACACACACACACACACACACACCCCUUUAACCGCAUCACUAAUGAGAAUGUAUUGUUGCAUUGUUGAUGAAAUUAGCAAAUGAAUAACUGCUCCCCACUGA